AUGAAGAUCCGAAAAUUUUCAAAAGCAACAGACAGCCCAAACAGGGGACAAGAGCAAUCCAUAUCAGCUUCAGCCAAAUGCACACCUUUUUGGCGCGAUGAGACUGGCCGCCGCAACAGAGAGCAUUUGAUAGCCAGCCGUCGAAAGGGCAGUGGCGAUUUACAUGGUGGGGCAUACUACCACGUGGGCCGAUUGGGUGUACCAGGAUUUAUUUAA